GGCGUCGACGAGGUCGGCCGGGGCUGCCUCGCCGGGCCCGUCGUCACCUGCGCGUGCUACCUGCCCCCCGGCGCCGAGAUCGAUGAUUUGACGGAUUCGAAGCAGCUCGCGACGGAGGACCUGCGAGAAGCCGUCUACGCGCGCCUGCUCGCCACGCCGGGCCUCCGCUUCGCGCUGGCCAAGGCCGAGGCGCCCGUCGUCGACGAGCUCAACAUCCUCCAGGCCAACCUCCAGGCCAUGCGAACGGCGUCAGAAGCGCUCUGCGACCGCCUCGCGGCCGGCGGCGAGCGCGGGGGCGAUCUCGAGGUCCUGGACAAGGGCGACGCGAGCGUUUCCGCCAUCUCCGCGGCGUCGGUCAUCGCCAAGGUCACGCGCGACCGCAUCAUGAACGCCCUCGCCGGGGACUACCCGGAGUACGACUGGGCGAGCAACAAGCAGCGUCCUGUGGCGGUUUUUCGAGAGAUUUUG